UAAUCCCCUGUUUUAGUUUACGUUCUAAAUAACCAAAAAGUUCCCACAAGUAUUGGUCAAAAUCGAGUGUAAAUAAAACAUAAACAACGUGUUGCGUUGACAAAUAUGUAAAGUGGGAAUAAGAAUUUUAUUUUUGUUAGGGUUGGUGAGUGCACAGCAGAAGCGAAAUGUGUUUGAUUGAGAAUUAUAAAUUGAAUUUAUAAUUUGGCAAGAUAAUUAAUAUAAAUGAACACACGAUUUUAUGUAAUAACGAGCACUUUUAUUCCACUAUUUGAAAGUAGGAGAGUACAAGAACCCUUGAGGGUGAUUGUUACAAGAGAACUCUCACUAUAAGAAACUCACAAGGAGUAUUAUGAUAGUAGUGGAAUAUUACAAGGAGGGAGGAUAUUUUGUAGAAAGGCUUGUGUUAUGUUUUUGUGUUUUUGUUGUUAUGGUUUUUUUGUUGUUUUGAUUGAAUGCCCUUGACUAAUAUUUAUAGGUGAUGAUGGAAGUUUCUAGAUUCUUAUGGAAAUUUCCCCAUAAUUAUGCCUCUUAUUCUAGUGACUUCCACUUUUAAUUAUUCUCUAGAAUAUUCUAGGGAAUAUUAAGGUUGUAGAUAACUCUAGAAAAAUCAAGUGCAAUCUUCUCUUGAUUUUUCAUGAAACUUCUAGAUUAUACUCCAUCGAUAUAUAAUGGGCUUAUAAAAUUUGGGCCAUACCCAAUAAUUCUUUUUAUUUUAUAGUCCGUCAUUCUAGAGAUAAAAUCUUUCAAACAGAGCUUAUGACUUCAUUAUUUUACUAACAAUGUGGUGUUUUUAAACGGAAACUUUAGAUUGGUGUUUCAUGCCAAACACAGAAAGUUUAUAAUGGACGAAUAAAUACCCUAUGUUUUCGAGGAAGGUGAAGCAAUUACAAAUCGAAACAAGAAGCGACGAUUGUUCACGAAUGGAGAUGAGGGAGAUAUGUGGGAAAACUGCAUCGAUUUCAAACACCCUGCAAUAUUCGGGAUGUUGGCGAUGGAGGAAGCAAAGAAACAGAUGAUUCUCGAGGACUUACAAUGGUUUAAGAGCGCAAAAAACUACUACGCGCAAAUUGGAAAGCCAUGGAAGCGAGGUUACCUUCUUUACGGUCCCCCGGGAACAGGAAAAUCAACACUAGUAGCAGCUAUGGCUAAUCUCCUAGACUACGACAUCUAUGAUCUUGAAUUGACAGCGGUUAGGAAUAACAAACAAUUGAGAAGGCUACUAAUCGAAACGACAUGUAAGUCCAUCAUUCUGAUUGAAGAUAUAGAUUGUUCGUUAGAGUUGACAGGACAAAGAACGGAGAAAAAAGCAGAUAAAGAAAAGGCCAAGGAAAACGACCCUUUGAAGAAUAAACCUGUAGGAGAAAAAGAAACGAAAGACAAAAAGAAGAAAGGAAGUGAUGUGACUUUGUCUGGUUUACUAAACUUCAUUGAUGGAAUUUGGUCAGCUUGUGGAGAAGAGAGGAUCAUUGUGUUUACGACUAAUCAUGUGGACAAACUCGAUCCUGCUCUAAUUCGGCCUGUUAGAAUGGACUUGCAUAUCGAGUUGUCUUACUGUCGAUAUGAAGCAUUUAAGAUGUUGGCUAAGAAUUAUUCACCGCUUGAAUCACAUCCUUUGUUCGAAACCAUUGGGAGGUUGCUGGAGGUAAUAGAUGCAACACCAGCUGACGUAGCCGAAAAUAUUAUGCCUAAAUCACUUAGGACUACUACCGCUGAGGAAUGUUUAAAGAACCUAGUUGUCAAACUUGAGAAGAGAAACAAGAUGAAAUCUGAACAAGAGCUUGUGUUGGAAGGUGUUGAGGAGUCAUCUUCUAGUGACGAUGACGAGUAAAUCAAUCAAUUCUAUUUUUUCAAGUUAUUUUUAAGUAGUACUAGUGAAUAACAAAGCCAUGUAAUCAAAAGUCAAUUAGUAACUGAUAUCAGUAGUUUUUAUUAACAAGUUGAUUUUAUUGUUACUAUUGAGUAUUGUUUUUGGGUUCCCAUGCAUUACAAUCGCGAGGAUGCCAUAUUAUCUUUCUUUUUCUACAAUUGAAUCUUACAAAAAGCUCAAAUUCAACAUUCACAAAAUGCUUGAUAUAUAUUUUAAAAAGGUCUCCAAGUUGUUUAGGUUGUUCAGGCUUGACUCACAAAGUGAAGGAUCAGAAAAUUGGCUUGAAUGCUCAACAAACAGAAUUAAAUUAGCUCAGUUUUUUCAACGACUAUCAUCUGGGGAAAUAAUCAUCAAUUCCGUUCUCCUUGUAAUCCUCCAAAAUCGUGCACAUAAGUUACAAGCACCCUCCAAAGUGUGAAAAUAUUAGUACAGAAUUCAUCGAGCCAAGUUUAUAUUUUCUAAGAAAAAAAGGAGUACUCCGUAAUAAAGAUGAGUAAGAUCAGGAUUGGUGAAUUGGUAUCAGUCACGGUAUAUUCAGAAACACGGACCAAAUAAGUAUUCAUCAUUUCUCACUAAUCUCAAACAAUAAAUUUUAAACAGAUAAACAAAAAUCAAGUUAUUUGAUUUCAAAUUCGUUUCUAAUGUAUUAAUAGGAGGGGAUCAGAAAAUUGGCUUGAAUUCUCCAUAAAGAGAAUAAAAAUAGCUCAGUUAUUUCAACUUCGAUCAUCUGGGGAAAUAAUCAUCACUUCCAACUCCAUUUUUCAAUUCGCAUUAAAACCUAAUCUUAUAAAUGGUUCAUAACCAUUAAUCAUAAUCUAAUUGUUAAUGUCCCUCCAAUUAUUUCAGGUUCGAGUUAAAUCGGGUUUCGAGUGACAAGGAGACGGAUCAGAAAUCUGGCUUGAAUUCUCUAAAAAGAGAAUUAAAAUAGCUCAGUUAUUUCAACGUCGAUCAUCUGGGGAAAUAAUCAUCACUUCCAAUCUCCUUGUCAUAUAAAUUAAUUAAUUGAAUUAAAUCAUAAUUAAUUAUAGGAACGUCUGAAUGCAUAAAUCAUUAACAACAAUGGAAAAUGCCAGAAUCUUUAAUUCCCAAAUUAGUAUUGGCAACGUACAGCGCUAAAAGCGCUAUUGUAACUAAGCGCAUCAGAGACUCUAAUUUAUUGCCGUAUUUUUAUUUUUUUUCAAAUCUUAACAUAAAAAAAAAUAAAAAAAUAUAAAAAUUAAAUUUGAUUUAAAGGCUUCAGCGUAAUUAGUGAUGUCAUCAAAGUAAGCUUUAUUUAGCUUUCAGAGUUUGAUGGUAUUACAUAAACAUCACAGCCAAUUAUAUUCAAUAAAGAAAUUAAAAAUUAAAAGAAAAAUAAAAAACAAAUUAAUUUUGUUAAUGGCCUCAGAAAUUUUGUUAAGAAUAUCAUCAAAUUCAGAUGGUACGGACAAUUGAUAAAUCCUUGGCCAAAAAUUGAAUAAAUAUAUGAAAAUAUGAAAAAAAUAAUUAUGAAAGAAAUUUACUCAGAAAUAAGGAUUUUUAUCUCAUAGGUUGCAAGCAACCUCCGAAGUCUGACAUGUGAAUAAUUCCAUAAAUCAUCAUCGCAAAAUGAAUUUCAAGGAAAUUACAAAAAAAUUAAGAUAAAUUAAUUUAAGAAAAAGCAACUCUCAUAAAAGAUUUAUGAAUGACAACAUAAAUUAAUCAGAAUAGCGUAUAUUGCCUUAAAAGGCUGAAAAAUCAUUGAGCCGCAGUAAAAUAAGAAAUUUAAUUAAAAAAAAUGAGAUCAGAGUUGGUUAAUUGGUAUCGGUCACGGUAAAUUCAGAAACACGGACCAAAAAUUAUUCAUCAUUUCUCACAAAUUAAAAAAAAAAAAAAAAAAAAAAAAACUUGAA